CAGCCGGAGGGGUGGAGUCACACACACCGACAUCCCGAACAUCGCUUCUCCUCAGAAAAGGAGCACAACCUUGAUUCUUAAGGGUUUAUGCCUCGUAUAUGUCUAUUAUUGGCUGCUGUGGCGGGAAAUUAACCCGAUCGUUGCUGAAGAAAACGCAAAUGAAUGUUCAUUGUGGAUCCCUUUUCCAGCGUUAACGGUCCUCUGGUCCCGGAUUCACUCCAGCUGUAUAUCAGUACUGUAUUUCUGCAAUGAACACCGCGCGGCUGAACAGAGAGGAAUAUUUCAAGGGAAAAAACAUGGAAUAAUAAGAAUAACUUACAUUUAUUCAGGUGUCGCAGUCGUUGGACGUCAGUGUUUCAGGAUGCCGCUGGUCAAGCGCAGCAUUGAGCCCCGUCACCUGUGUCACACGGCUCUACCGCACGCCAUCAAGAACGAGCUGGAGUGUGUGACCAACAUCUCACUGGCCAACGUCAUACGACAGCUGAGCAGCCUCAGUAAAUAUGCGGAGGAUUUGUUCGGAGAACUCUUUAAUGAAGCUCAUUCCUUCUCGUUCCGAGUGAACUCACUCCAGGAGAGAGUCGACCGCCUGUCAAUCAGUGUCACUCAACUCGACCCGAAAGAGGAGGAGUUGUCUCUUCAGGACAUCACGAUGAGGAAGGCUUUCCGCAGCUCCACCAUCCAGGACCAGCAGCUGUUUGAGCGUCAGUCUCUGCCCGUCCCGAUGCAGGAGACGUACGAGCUGUGCGAACAACCUCCACCGCUGAACAUCCUCACGCCCUACAGGGAUGAUGGGAAGGAAGGUCUGAAGUUCUACACCAACCCGUCGUACUUCUUCGACCUGUGGAGAGAGAAAAUGCUGCAGGACACAGAAGACAAGAGGAAAGAGAGGCGGAAACAGAAGUUGCAGGAUCCCCACAUGUAUGAUCAGGUCUAUAAAUAUUUAGACCUUCCAGUGCAGCUGAAGAACAUCGACCGCCCUCAUGACCCCGAGAAAGUCCCGCGGGCGCCUCACGACCGGAAGAAGGAGUGGCAGAAGAUGGCGUUAGGGGCGGAGCUUGCUGAUGACGACAUGGAAGACAAACACAAAGACACGAACGGAUCAGCAACGUACCAUGACCACAGGCAAAUGUACAUCGAUCAUCUGGACGGGCCGUUCUCUCUGGCCGCGCUGCCGUACUCUCAGAUGAACGAACUCCUGAGCCGUACGGGAGAGCGAACGUACGGCCGCCCGCACGACCCUCCGCCGCCGCCGCCCACGUACCCGCCCGACGUCAAACCAGCCUCCGUUAUCAGCUCCAGCUCAGGUUUCUCCGACAGCGUCACGCAGUCUCCGGCUCGCACGCCCAUCUUCCUCAACUCGAAUGCCCCACCCCCAGCCCCUCCCCCUUUACCACCUCCCCCUCCUCCUCUGCCAGCCAGCCAAUCAGGUUCAAGAAUGCGAGGUUCAGCCCCACCUCCAAUCCCUCCUUUACCUUCCCAGCAGCCUCCGGCCAUCCCCCCUCCCCCCGCCCCCCUCCAGAUCGCCCCAGGCGUCCUGCACCCCGCCCCCCCUCCGGUGGCUCCGCCCCUACACUCAUCUCCCGCCCGCGGACAGCAGGACAAGGCUCUGCCCACAGGCGGCGAUGGAGCGGUUUUGCCGCCGCCUCCCCCUCCUCCUCCUCUGCCCCUCCCAGGAAACAGAAGCUCCUCCCCCUGCACAUCCUCAGGCCCGCCCUCCAUGCCUUCCUUCCCAUCAGGAGCGGUUUCGUCGCCGCCCACUCACUCGGGUCACGAGGUCAAGCGGUAUCCCUCCAACCUGCCGCCAAUCAGCGACGCCCGCAGCGUUCUAUUGGAGGCCAUCCGUAAAGGGAUCCAGCUGAGGAAGGUGGAGGAGCAGCGGGAACAAGAGGCCAAACACGAGCGCGUGGGGAACGACGUGGCCACCAUCCUGUCCCGCCGCAUCGCUGUGGAGUACAGCGACUCCGAGGACGACUCCGAGUUUGAUGAGGUCGACUGGAUGGAAUGAGAGAGAAACACAGACUUCAGGAAGGAGGCAUAAAAAUGGCACAUGAAAUCUCAGUUAACCUUCCUCUCCUAAUAAGAGUUUCCCAUAAACACUCCGAUCAGUCGUAGUUCAAUUCAGGAAACAUCAGGACUGCAGACGGCUGUGUUUGAUGUUCCCAGAAUGCUUUGCUUUAAUGUUUUUUAUCCACAUGUUCCACUUGUUGUGCAAUUGAUGAACAAAAAUAACAAUGUUGGAGGGUUUUUUUAUCUGUCAUACUUCUUUCAUUCGAAUCUGUCUGUCUUUAAUUCUCAGUAUGAACAACAAAACUGGUUCUUUUGUGGUUAUUGUUCAGCGUGAGACGGACGGCAGCGACCUCUUUUGGUCACGACAGGAACGUCUCACGGAUCCAAGGUUUCAUAUCAGAAUGUGACGGAUGCUUAUUAUACUUUAUAUAUCAUCAAAACCGUUCUUCCAUUUCAGAGAUGUGAUGUUUGAUGUCAUUGUGCGGUUGUGAUGGACAAAGUUAAAGAAAAAAAAAUGAAGGAAUGAUUUUAUUAAGGUGUCAAGAAGGAAUAAAAUCUCUUGUUCAGGUCAUAUUUCACCCCACGACCAAUCACAAUCAAGUUUUGCAUUAGGAAAAUGAAACCUUUUUUUGGUUUUUGCAUUGUGAUAUUAUUUUCAUGACAAUUCAAUCUUUUGUUUUGCAAUUACAGUCAUGAUAAUUUGGGCAAAACAAAUAUUUAAAUGUCAAGAAAAAUGUUCAAAAAAAUAUAUCUAAAAAAAUUAUAUUAAAAGUACAUUAUAUAUAUGUGUGUGUGAGUGUGUGUGUUCCCAAAAAGGCCUUAAUUUUCUUUUUAGAAAUGUCUUUUGGGGGUUAAAUAUGACCUGAACAUUCAUGAGAUUCAUCCAUCAAAAUACUGACACCUUCCCAUAAAGGUAAAAAACAAACAAAAAACAAACCUGUGUGGCCUUUUUCUGGGGUCUAUAAAUUGUAAUUUAUUGCAUUUCUCAGUUUUUAAACGAAAAAAAAACAAUAAUAAUUAUUUGCCAAAACAUGAGAACAGACCUGGUGACACUACAAAACAGACUUUGUAAUCUUUAUGUGCAAGAGAUGAAAUGAAACGGUUACAGUUCAUCGUCUGUCGGUGUUCAGACUGAACGUUUGUUCCUCUUUCUUAGGCCUUAUGGUUUGUAUAAAUGUUGAUGAGUUGAAUGUAUUGUGCUGUUACUACUUUUGCCUGCAUUUCUCCAGCAUUCGCUGUUUCUAUGUUCCAAAUGGAAAAAAAGAUUCAGAAACAAAGAUUAAACAUGAUUUAAAAUACUGUAUACCGUGUAACGUAUGUAACUGUUUACUGUAACAGUUUGCUUGAAUUAAUAAAAACUAAUGUUUAAGGUUC